GUGGGGGCCCGCGGCGGGUGUCCCGGGCGCGCAGCCGUUGCCGCCCGGCGGGGGUGACCCGACCGGACCCGCUCCGCCGCCGCGGGUGUGGGGGCGGCGGCGGGAGACAGCGCAGCCCUGUCCGCUGCCGUCGCAUCCCCGGCCUUGAGGGCACCCGCCCGGCCGGGCGCCGCGGCCUCAUCCAUCGCCGGGCUGUCGGCAGCGGCGACCCCCUCCGCGCUGGGCCCGGCCUGCCCCGGGGAGCGCGGGGCUGGCGUGGAGGGGUCACGGCUACUAGAGGCUUCACCUGCGCCCGCCCCGGGGGUCUGCAGUCACGGCUGCGCGCCCGCUCGGGCUCGGGAGGGUCGUUCCCUUCGGGCACCGUGACCGCGGGCAGCGUGGGGCAGCCGGGGUCGGGGCCCGGUCUCGGCCGGGCGCGGAGGCCCGGGGUCGCCCGGCGUGGGGCAGAGGCAGCGCAGGGCCCGGCUGCCCGGUGGGGCCCUGGGCUCGCAGAGCGGUGCCCGCCUGGGGCCGGGAAGGCAGAGCUUGUCCCCUCUGCUCCUCCUGCCCUGGAGGCAGGCGUGGUGGUGUCGGGUGGUCCUGGCUCCCGGCCCCUGUGGACCAGGAGGGUCUGCUCCCCCCCUGGAGGUGUCCCGGCUCUCUUCUGCGUUCUCCCCAGUACGACCUUGACAAGCCAGGAUGAAGCAUGCGAGGGAGAGGGAUUCUUACGGCAGAGAAACCCACAUGGUGGUCCAAACCUCUGCAUCUCAGCAAUACUCGAGUUUCCAGAAACUGGGGCAUGCUGUGUUAAGUACAAGCCUAAAAAAACCAUGAAUGUUUUCCCCUGUGAAUGGCAGCGUGCUGUACCUGCAAUGAAACCCCAGAAUGUAGUCUCCUGGGAGCGUGGGUGAUCUUCCCAGCCUUGCCGCCAGCAUGACCUGUGCUGUCCAGGGCUGGCCCGAGGCCUUUGGGGGCUCAUGGGAUGCAGGUGCAGCCUCUCGCCGGGGUGCAGAAGGGCUUGUCACAUACCGUGACAUGGUAUGUGCCCCAUCACAAUGCUGGCUCUGCCAGCGCCUUUAGCUUUUUCCCUGGCUGCAACUGAUAUGGGGCAUGUAACCGAGGUACUUGCACAUGUAGCCCAACAGCUGUUGCUGUGGGGUGGUGGUUUUACGUGUGUAUAUAUGUUAAUUGUUUCCUAGUUAGCUGAAUUUGAAGUUAACAGAAAGAGCUUCAGUACCACUAUGCGGUCUUUGUUGUCCUUUGGGUUUAUUGUCAUCAUCAGAAAACUUUAUUUCUAGCAGUUGCAGAAUAACUGGGAUACGAUGUACCGGAGUGUGUCCAGCAAAGGGCUGACGAUUAAGAGACUGGAGCAUCUGUCAUACAAAGAGAGGCUGCGAGCGCUGGGGCCGUUCAGCCCGGAGAAGAGAAGGCUCCAGGGGAUCUCGGUGCUAUGUGUAAAUACGUGUUGGAGGGAAUAAAGGAGACGGUGCCAGGCUCUUCUCAGUGGUGCCCUGUGAUGGGACCAGAGGCGAUGGGCACACACUGGAGCAUAGAAGUUCCAUUUACACAUCGGGAAGCACUUGUUUAUUGUGAAGGUGGUGAUGCUGGCACAGGUAGCUCAUAGAAGUUGUGUAGUCUCCAUCCUUGGAGAUACUGACACCUUGGCUGGACGUGGUCCUGGGCAAUCUGAUCUUGGCUGACUGUGCUAGAGCAGGGGUUGGGCUGUGCCCAUCAGCCUCAGCUCUUUAAUGCGUUUGGCUCAUGUUGUCUGAACAGAAAGUAGCACGUUUGCGUUAUAAACUGGAUGGUCUUCAUUAUUAUGGCAAGUGUUGACUGUUUCAUGCACAAUCAUAGGAUGAAGGAAAAGAUGUGUGGUGCAGAUUGAAAGCAGGUGGUGUAUUGGCCUAGUGACUGUUACCGUCUGCAGCUCCCCGUACCCCUGCCAGUGCACGCUGGGGCCAGGAGGGCAGGGCUGGGAAUGCGUUGUGCUCCUUCAGUGCAAGGCGGUGGCUGCUUCGAAGCCCUGGCAGUGAUCAGAAUGUGCCGUGCAUCCAAAAUUGAGUCAGAGAAGGAUCUCCCAUGAAUUUUCAGGUCACUUGUACCAAGACAUGUACUGUGUUAACAAACAGGCAAGGUAAUGAGCAUUACUCUGAUAAAACUUUGGCUAAGAGGAAUGGAACCCAAAAUGAAGAGUGUCAGGGCUGUUUUGUAGCCAGGAGCUACCUGCUUGCCAACUUCGAAAUGGAGCCCACCUGUGAAACUCCCCUCCACCUGAGAAGGGGUUAGGGGAGGUGGGAGGUGGGUUGAGGGAGAGGUUCCAGUAUGGUGUUGUCGCUGUGGGCUGACCCUUCCUUUUUUAAAAUUUAAAAAAACCCACCUAUUUAAAAAAACCCAAACUUGUGUCAUUUUCCGGUUCUGUGUGGUGGUCCUUGGUGAUGGUUGUGCCGUCAUUCUGAGUCUUUGGCUCCUGGAAGCCAUCCUUCUGCUUUCCUGCCAUCAUGGCUCUCCAGAGGGUACACCCUGCUUUGUGGUCCCUUUCUGCUUCUCUCCCCUUUCUGUCUCGCUGUGCACUGACAGUAUUUCUGGCAUGUUGACUCCUCUGUGGCCUGCGGAAUGGCAGCUGUUAAAAGUCAUUGGAGAAAUGACAAGCAUGUCUCGGUGUUGGUCUCCAGUUUUCCUGCCAUACUGGAACUUUGCUCUUCCUGUGCUUUGCUUCACUUCUGUACACCAGAAGUUUUUUUCAAGUUAUCUCCCUGCAUUAUGGGCCUUGCAUGCUGGCUUUUGAAUGGCUCAGGAACAUCAAGGCUGAGGUUGGUAACUGCUAGUCCGCCUUGUUAGGCUAAAAUAAGUAUUUGGGGAUAGUCCCCAGGCGCUAUAGAAGGGCUUUGCUCUGGUAAAGACUGGGCUAAUAAGGAAGACUUCUGCAGUGUUUCCUUUUUCAAGGAUGAUGGCUGGUCAUCCUGAGGUCACCUCAUCCUUGGAGACAGAUGCUAGUUGGGUGGCUGGCUCUGAGGAGGUGUGUGCCAUAGCAGGGUGCCAUCCCCACUGGGCCCAAAUUCUCCCCUGUGGCACUUCCAGUGGGUUACUGCAACUGUCUCUGUGUCCUGGGAAAUGCAAAAGGUCUUGCACUCUCAUGGCCUUCAGCGGAGACUCUGCAAGAUGAUGCCGGGAAAUCUGUCUCGUGUAUUGAAUAAUAUUUAAAAAUAUAAUAAAGUGCUAAAAUUGUAACCCAGAAUAUGCUUCCUGAUGUAUUUUCUUUGGGCCUGUGCAGUACAUAUGCCAGCUAUGAAAUGUUCACGUGUGUUUGGUUUUUGUUUGUUUUUUAAAUGUCAGUAGAAUUAUUUGUUUGAGGGUAUUUUUCAAAUUGAAGUAAAGGAUUACUUGUUAUUAUGUGAGUGGUUACAAGCAGACAGGGUAGGGAAAGGACUUUGGCACCUCCUAGGAGGGUAGAAGCAAUGGUAUUCAAAACCUUACGCUCUGCUGUAUUACAUAUAAUACCUUGUAUACUGCCUGUGGCUGGUUAUCCUCUACAGCAGCAUCAGCAGGAUCUAAGGACUGACCCAGAAGGGUGUCCUGCUGGCUAAACUUCUGAUCAGUGUGAGUCACCAGCCCUUCUGGAGAGGCUGCAGCACGCUGUCCUGACAGCUCUUCGUGAUGGUUGUCUUCAGUAGGUGCUUGGUGGUGUGCCUGGCAGGGAUGCUGGCUGGCGUUGAUCCCAGGAGCAGGUCCCUAGCUGGAGGUGAGGGGAAGGCCCUGCUGAUGGAGUGCCCCCUCCAUGCUGCCCUUCACUGGCCUGUCUCUAAACGUUCAUCCGUCCCCACCUCGGCUGGGCUGGUAGCUCUCUGAGGAAGAGCUGUGCCCGGGCACUCUCCAGGAGCCUGCGCAGAGGGGGUGGGGAUGGCUGACUCCAGGCAGGGGUUUUCCUGCUGUUGGAAAGAGGCACAUCGUUUCGUCUUGGCACUCGAGGGCGUAGGUGGGGUGGGACAGCCUCCAGAGCAGCCUCCAGAUCCGCACUGGUGUGCGGGCUGCCCUCUGCUCACCGCAGGAUUGCAUACAUGAACCUCUGUGCAGAGACUCGCCGUGGCACAGGGCUGUUCCUCUACCAAACGGGAUUAGUUACUGUGAUCUCAUGGUGUUUUUAAGAAAGUCCAUCCAGGCCCAAGUGGCUGGAUGUAAAGUGACGGGGCUGGAGGUGAGCUGAGCAGUGAGCCCCAUGGAUGUGUGCUGGUGGCAGCGCGUGGUGACCUUGCACGUUAUCUCCCUUGUGCAGCACUGUGGCGGCUGAUGUUGUCUCCCGGGGCAGAUUUCCUCUUCGCGCUGUAGAAGGGCUUUCACUUCGGCAUGCAGACGUCAGGCGCUUCCUGGCACCGGCACACCUGGGAGGGGGCGGUUGGUGCGAGUGGUGCCAGGCAGAGCCGGGCAGGAGCGUGGAUGGAGGGCAAGGGGGCAGGUACCCCCGGGACGGGUUGUGCGGCCACCCAAGGGGAGCAGAGCUCCUCUCCGGGUGCUGCUGAAAAUGGCGUGGACACUGACGAGGAGCCUCUUCUCAGAAAAAAUCCCCGGCGGUUCGUCAUCUUCCCCAUCCAGUACCCAGACAUAUGGAAAAUGUAUAAACAGGCUCAGGCCUCCUUUUGGACAGCAGAAGAGGUUGAUUUGUCGAAGGACCUUCCUCACUGGAACAAACUGAAAGCAGAUGAAAAAUACUUUAUCUCUCAUGUUCUGGCAUUUUUUGCAGCCAGUGAUGGAAUUGUAAAUGAAAACCUGGUGGCACGUUUUAGCCAGGAGGUGCAGAUCCCAGAAGCGCGUUGUUUCUAUGGCUUUCAGAUUCUCAUUGAGAACGUUCACUCGGAGAUGUACAGCUUGCUCAUAGACACCUACAUCAAAGAUCCUGAGAAAAGGGAUUUCUUAUUUAAUGCUAUUGAAACAAUGCCUUGUGUCAAGAAGAAAGCAGACUGGGCUCUGAAGUGGAUUGAAGACAGAGAAUCCACUUUUGGUGAGAGAGUGGUUGCCUUUGCUGCAGUUGAAGGCAUCUUCUUUUCGGGUUCCUUUGCUGCUAUAUUUUGGCUGAAGAAGAGGGGCCUGAUGCCUGGACUGACUUUCUCCAAUGAACUUAUUAGCAGAGAUGAGGGUCUACACUGUGAUUUUGCUUGUCUAAUGUUCCAUUAUUUAGUGAACAGACCAUCAGAAGAGCGGGUCCGUGAGAUCAUCGUUAAUGCUGUUGAAAUUGAGCAGGAGUUUCUAACAGAGGCGUUACCCGUAGGUCUGAUUGGAAUGAAUUGCACUUUGAUGAAACAAUAUAUUGAAUUUGUCGCAGACCGGUUACUAAUGGAGCUUGGGUUCUCAAAGGUUUUUCAUGCAGAAAAUCCUUUUGAUUUCAUGGAGAAUAUUUCUCUGGAAGGAAAAACAAAUUUCUUUGAGAAGCGAGUUUCGGAAUAUCAACGUUUUGCUGUUAUGGCAGAAACAAUGGACAAUGUCUUCACUCUGGAUGCAGAUUUUUGAUAACUUGGCAAACGAACGGUGACUGUUUUCCUCUCCCCAUCUCACUUUCUGCUGUGAAGUUGUCUUCAUUUCCUGUGCUGGAAUUUGAGUCUACUGGGAUUUUUUUUCCUGGGUUUUCAUGUUGUUUGUCUGAGGAGUAAAUAUAUUUCUCUCUGUGUCAUUUAAAAAAAAAAAAGGGGGGGUCCUCUUUGAAAAAUUUAUAUGGGUUUUUAAAAGGAUGGCCUUUUUAAUAUUCCCUUGACUCAUCUGCUGUGAUUGCUGUCUUUAAAAAUGACCUGGCUACUACUACUUUUUUAAGACUAUGGUAGUGUUUUAGGAAAGCAAACUGUGUAUUUACCUCAUUGUUAUGGUAUUUCAAUCUGAAAACCAAAUGAGGUAUCACUCUAUGUAUAUAUGUUGCUAUAAAUUAUUUUCUAUUUUCAUGUUUAUAGAUUUGGUCUGGAGUAAAAACUCUUCCCUUUAUGUCCUGCUGCAGAUAGAGUAAUAAGUGAAUGUGGGAAGACAUUAGUAAGGUAUGAACUACAAAAUCUUAUUAAACCCAGGGAUACGGUUUGAUCUCCCCAUUAACCUGGGUUCUGUCUGAAAACAUUUUUAGUCUGGUUGCAAGCCUGACGGCUGUUGGUAGGAGUUUAGAUCAAAUACAUAUGAUUUUUGUCUUACAGCUGUUAUUGAGCAGGUCAGCGAACUUCAAAUGGUCCUUGAAAAGGUAGGCCUGUUAAUAGUGGAGAAAAAACACAGCCUCUAGGUCUUUGGCUUGUGCUGCCUGCUUUUCCCUGCUUUUCUAAACAAGUGCCUUAUUAAGCAGUCUGUAGUUGCCUGAGUUGCAGUCGGCAUCAGACACUGGAACAGCCAGCGCUGGGUGUUGUCCAUCUUCCCUCUGUCAUGCCGGGUGAUUUGAUAUCCUCCCCUUCUCGGUUUCAUAUGUGCAUUGAUGGGGUGAGAAGGCGCAUCAUUCCAAGGGAUUAUCCCUUGAGGUGCUACAAAUGUCCUGCUUGGCCUGUAAGGGAGCACCAAUAAUGUAUGAAGGUACUUCAAGUUGCGUGUUCAAUGUGAACCAUUGAAACUGUUGUCACAGAAGAGCUUCUGGAGGAAGAUAUUAAACCUUUUAAAAACAAAUCUUGAAGUGGUGUGGAUUAGCAGCAUCUUACAAAGGAUGGCUGUUUGGGUUUUGGUGUGUUCCAGUGUGUGCCUGAAAACUUCUUUUAAUUUCUUGAUGUCACAUGCAGAGAAUGGAGCAAUUGAAGAAUGGCUAACGUACUGCAGUGGUUCUUGGGAUGGGAGGGAUGCUGUUCAGUUGUAGGUGGAUUCCUUGCAAAUAGAUACACUCAUCUUUUUUUUUUUUUUUUUUUUUUUUCAAAGGUGAAGCGAGUGUACAUGAGCUAGACAAAGGGUUCUGCUUUGUUAAACCCAAGUAUUUUUUCAUUAUGUUCAGCAGUUUAUGUAAGAGCUUUUAUAAGCCUUUCUUGUUGUUGCAAACAUCUUGUGCUGCAUUCGAUAUGCCUGGCGUGCGAUGAGCUGACAGCCCAGGGUUAUCGGUGAUGGGGUGGUAUAAGUGUUACUUCCCUGCCAGCCCAGAUCAGCCGUAGCCCUGGGUACCUGAGUUCCAUGAAAUAGGUCUGCUGCCUUAGCGUACUUCUUAGUGAACAGUUGUCUCCGGUAUAAAAAUAAGCAGCAAAACUGACCCUUUUUGUUUGUGUAUGUAAUGAGCAUGGAAACAGAACAGCUUUUUUUUCCUAGAGACGAGCCUGCAUCAUUUGACAUAAGGUACUUGGGUAGGGCAGAGAGGACCCGUGGAAAAUACGGAGAGAAGCUGGUUUCCCUCACUAAUGUCCUGCAACUGCAAGAGAACUAUGGACUCAGAGAGAAAAUCCAGCACCUUUUGGAAAUAAUAUGUUUGUGGGGGAAAAAGAGGAAAUGUUGUAAAUGGGUCUGUUGUUGGAGGAAUGGAACCUAUUUUUAUGUCACUGAUACAUUUGUUUUGAGUGUUAUGAAUUAAGAUGAGAGUAUGCAGAAUAUCCAGUUAUGAAACUGCUAUGUGCUCAGGUUCUGUAAAUGUAUAUGAGAUACCAAAGUCUGGUACAACAGCUCCCACCCCGUUUGUGUGUAAAAUAUAUGUGUAGUUUCAAUAAAACUUGAAUGUGGAGAAGGAGCAUGCCUUU